AACCUAAAGAAAAAAAAAAUCAGAGACCACAGUCCCACUCGGAGAAAUCGCUGGACCGGAACGAAGACCACCUCCCGAAGCUCUUCGCGCAUGGCGGCCCGGCCUCCGCCCUGAAUCCCGGCGCUUCGUGGUUCUCCGUAGCUUCUUCCUCGCUUCGCCGGCCCUCGCUUGGAGGGCGUCGAUUGGAGCUCGGAGCUCAGUGUUAGUUGGGGAUAGAGAUUUCGCUAGGUACUGUAAUCUAUGGAGGAGCUCGUUGGUUUGGAGAGCUUUAGAGUUACGGACAAUGGUGCCGCCUCGUGCAGCGAUAGGCCGUUCGGCCAUGUGGGUAAUGGCAGAGAGAGCGAGAGUCUGGACAUCGACCUCUUGGCAGAUUUGGAAUCUUAUUUGCAGGAUAUCAACGAUAGGCUCACGAUUUCGAGGAUGGUGAGCGAUUCUGUUAUCAAGGGUAUGGUGAGUGCGGUGGAGCAGGAGGCCGAGGAGAAGAGGGAGAAGCAGCUGGAGAUAGCCAGGCUGAAGGAAACGUUGCGUGCGUAUCGUACAAAAGACCGUGUGAUGGGGAAUUCGGAUUUUCUGAGCAGCUGUAUAAGCGAAGUGAAAGAGCAGCUAGCGAAACUCAAGAAAGAGGUAAACUACGUUAAAGGUGGAAAUCGUUGUAGGAGGAUUGUUCAGGUGAUGAGUUGGUGGGGUUGGUGUGGUAUCUUGCUGGAGGACGUCUCUGAAAGAUUGAUCGGUGUGGACAGUACUUUCAAUGGUCUCCAGAGUACACUAGAUUCUUUUUCUUUGAGCCAGCUGAAGGAUAUGAAAUUGAGGAUCAUUGUGACAACUGACUACAUCAGGAGCCUCCACAGUGAGUUUGAGAGGAAGCUUUGGGAUCUUAAUAGUUAUUCUCAUGGGUGUGAAAACCACAGAACUGAUCACUUGAAUCGGAAACUGUCAGGUAACCAUUUGCUAUCAGCUUCUCCCUGGGAGGGUAGUGGCAAGCAUGAUGAGCUGAUAAUCACUAGGCCAGAGAAUUUGGACCCAGCUCAACUAAAACAUAUGGAAGAUGAAUUGAUAAGUUAUUUCAAGACUGAGAUGACCAAAAUGAAAAGAUUCCAUGAGUCCAAGAUACAGGAGAAGACUGAAGAGGUUUUUAGUCUCAAGCGAGAAUACAUGAAGGACAGAGGACUUUCAUUGACGGUCAGAAAGGACAAGGAAUUUGAAGGAUUGAAGAGAAAAAUCCCUGAGGUGCUCUUGAAGUUGGAUGACAUUUUGAUGGAAAGUAACACCGUACCUCAAUCUAACGGUGAUGCUGUAAGUUUUGGCACUAUGAGGGAGAGGUUGGAAGAUCUUCUGACUGAAAAUCACUGGCUAAGAGAAUUUGAAUAUGAGUCUGCUAUAUUGCAAGGGUUGGAUGGAAUGAUAUUUGCAGAAGUUUUGAAGGAUGUCAAGGAGAAAUUGUGUCACUCGAAUGAUUUGUAUAUUAACGAAAUGAAGCUCAGAGCAUCACUUGAAUGGGAAGCAAUGGAAAGAGAAAGAUCACUGGAAUCGAAAAUUUCGAGAAUGAAGCUAAAGCAGGAGACAACGCAGUUGGCGUUGUUGGUGGAAGAAAAGGAGAAAUUAGCUCAGGAAACAGCUAAUAAAUUGUCUAUACAGAUGAAACAAUGCGAAAUAAUUUCUCAAGAGCUUGACCUCUUGAAAGCGGAAUCAAGUAGACAGCAAAUCCUAAUUGCAGAGAUGGAUAAAAAGUCAGAACUCAUGAAGAGUAACCUUGCUCAAGGACUUGAGCAAAUUAAAGUAUAUGAAAGGGAGUUGAACAAUCUGAAUGAGAAGUUAAGUUUAGCAGUCGAAGAGUUGACAUACCGUGAAAGGUCCGCAUUUCCCGCCCAGUUCGACUACACCUACUAUCUAUGUGAUUUUGACAGUGUCCUUAAUGGCUUUGUGCCUAAAUCACUUAAAACAAGUGAAAAUCUGCCUCCACUUGAAAUUUCUGUUGCAUCUGCUUUGUUGUUGACUUUUUGGCUCCCCCCGGCAGGGGGAGAGUUUAAUAGUGUGAAAAACAUUGUUAAGGCUCACCGUUGUUGGGACUCAUUCUGGAUGCAUCAAUUUUCCAGCUGCAGAUCACAAAUGUUGGGUACCUUGGGGUCCCAACUGAGUUCCUUUGGGCAGCAGGCUAUUGCACUUAGAAGAAUGGGAUCUAUCUAUGAGCAGAGACUUGAAAGAAAAUGUUCAGACCCAAAAGCUGAAGCUGAGGUCGAUCUCCUAGGAGACCAGGUGGAUACACUUUUGAAUCUCCUGGAGAAAGUUUAUAUUGGUUUGGAUCACUACUCUCCAAUCUUGCAACAUUAUCCUGGAAUUAUGGAGGUCCUGAAGCUUGUAAGAAGAGAGUUGACGGGGGAAUCUUUAAAAUUAAUUUGACGGAUUGUCUGAUAAAUUGAUGCUUCAAACACGAGCUCAGACUGAUAAAACACUACUGCAUCCGCGUCUUUGUCACUGUGGCAGUUCUGCAGCACCUCCAGCCAACUACUCGUCGUGCUGCUGUGGACAUGGUUCUUUUCUGUGGAUAGUAUGCCUUCUUUAGACGAUUAUAGGAAAAUUAUGAUGUCACAGGACAAAUGGCUUCUGAAGGAAUAAGGCGAAAUGUAGAUGUCUCGCAUAGACCCAUGUAAAAUUAAGGAAGAAACUAGGAAGAUGCUAGCCGAUUUUGAUGUACAAAGUGAACGAAGACGUAGAUUAGAUAGCUCCUGCGAUGUGAUGGAUUGCGCUUCUGGUAUAUUUACCUUGGCAAAGUUUCCAGUUUGGCACCUAUAUCAAUUUUCAUUUCAACUUUGAAGUAGACAAUUUCCAUCAGGACGCUGCUUUCUAAUAGACGUUACCAUUAGAAAACAUUAUGGCGUGACAGACAUUUCCAUUAGAAAACAAUAUGGCGCGACCAAACCGAAUGUAGGUAAUU